CGUCGCGCUGGCUCAAGGCCUCACGCCGCCGCCCCCUGCCUCCUCCCCAUUCCGUCCCCCUCACCACCGCACGCACGCACGCACGCCCUCGCUCCUCCUCGCCGCCGCCGUGUGGUCUCGUCUCGUGGAGGAGAUCCGCCGGGCUGCCCCGGUCCCGCGGCCCACCGCUCCCGCCGCGCUCCCUCUCUCCGGACCGUAGCUCGGCCGCCUCGCUGCCCCGGGGGGCGCCACCCGCCGCGCCGCGCCGUGCGGGGGGCUGCGCGAGCUACCGGCGGCGCAGACCGCCGCCAUUGCCGUGCGACGGCGGCCCGCCACGUCGGAAUGUGCUGUUUGAAGUACAGCUGUUGAUGUUCUGAUUGAAGAAGCUGAUAGGAUUGAUUGGCUCCCAUGGACAAGAUACAAUCUGAUUGCCCUUAUCCUGGAUGUUUCUUCUGUGUUAUGAAGGAGGCAAACCCUAGUAAACGAAGAGCAAGUGUGCUUAAGUUCUUUAGGGAACUUCCUUCUCAAGAUGAUGAUGGCCAAGUUCUCCCUAUUAGCGGCCUAUGGAACACUGCAAUGGCUCACCCAAAUGAUCCUGAGUUCAUCAAUUUGGGCAUAUUUGAAUGCAUGGCAGCUCUUAUAUGGAAAGGAUUGAAAAACAGGCGCUGGCUUGCACAUGAUCAGAAUAUUUACAUCCCAUAUUAUGCAGCUCACAUAAUUGGAUCGUAUACAAUGAAUAUGGAGGAAUUUGCAGAACGUGCUGUUCGUGCUGGUGUAAUACCUCCAUUAGUCGAACUCCUAAGAGGUAGGCUGACAUGGGUGGAGCAAAGGGUUGCUGUUAGAGCUUUGGGGCAUUUGGCUACAUAUCCUAGUACAUUUCCUGCAGUUGCUGAUCAUGGAGAAGUACUUGAACUUGCCAUUCAACUUGCUUCGAGCUCUUUAGAGAUCGUGUACUCUCACUUUUACCAAUUUGUGGAUCGAAGACUUGGAUACCAUUGCGAUCUUCUGACUCGUGGCAUGGGUGGUGUGGAAAUGGAAUCCCGCAAAGCUGAGGAAUGGGCAAGUCAACUGCAGUGCUGGUCUUUGCAACUCAUUAAUUGCUUUGCAUUUAAACCUGAAUUCUUCCAUGAUAUUUGCAAAGCUGAUUUUCUUAUCAAGUUACCUGGAAUGUGGGGUGGACUUGUGAAUGAAAACUCACCUGCUGGUGUUGGUUUGCUAAGAACAAUCUGCCAGAGCAAGGUUGGCCGAGGUCAUGUUGCUAACAUCCCUGGUACCAUUGACGCUUUAUGCAACAUUGCUCGUUCUUCAGAUGACUGGCAAUACAUGGCAGUUGAUUGUCUGAUCUGGCUAGUGCAGGAUGCAAGUACUAGUCAUAAGGUUAUAGAUAAAGUUGCACCAACACUGAUAGAUUUAGCAAAUAUUUCGACACUGGGUGAUUAUAAAAAGCUUGGUGACACUAUCGUCACAGUCCUCCAAGAAUUUAUGCAACAGAGUGGGAACUCACGCAGUACAAUUAGUGCUCAGCCCAAAGCAGAAAUUGAUGAGCUCUUGAGAUCCAAGCAAAGUUUGAAAUUGGAAAAGAGUAUGCCGAAGGAGGAUCUUCAUAUAAAGCAAGCUGCAGCAUUGGUUGUAAAGUUGGAAGGCAAUUCUAUGUUCUCUUCAGGGAAUAUUGCAGGAGCUGCAGAGAAAUACUCUGAAGCACUUGCACUAUGUCCAAUGAAGUCUAAGAAAGAGCGGGUGGUGCUUUACAGCAAUCGAGCUCAGUGCUACCUUCUCCUGCAGCAGCCAUUGGCCGCCAUAAGCGAUGCUACUCGAGCAUUGUGCCUUCAUAGCCCUGUGAACCGUCAUGCCAAGAGUUUGUGGAGAAGAGCUCAAGCAUAUGAUAUGCUUGGUCUCGCAAAGGAGAGCUUGUUGGAUGCAAUCCUCUUCAUAAACGAGUGCUCUCAGUCGAACGAUCCCGACUUAUCCCUGAAGCAAAACAAAGUUCCUGAUUAUGCUGAGCGAUUGGUGAAGAAGCAGAUGCGUGCCGCUUGGCUAUUCAGGGAAGCAGCUCUGAAGCAUGGGGGUGUCCAUUGUGAAGGAGAUGCUAGCGAUGCGUUUGGUCAAGAGGGUGAUGACUCUGAGUGGGAAACAGCUAGCGAAAGCGAUGCUGAGAAUGAUGCCAGGGGAGAAGCAGAUGAUGAAACUGAAUGGAAGAAUGAUGGUCACCAGGAAGAUUUCUGUGAGAAAAGCUGAGGAACAGGUUCGGGCUGUUUACAUGAUAAUUAAUAUCUUUGCUACAAGAAGUGCUAGUCUUCUGGAAUGAACGAAGCUGUGCAUUGUUUUCUGUUUUUUUUUAAUUUCUGAAGUUUGGCAAAGAGGCCAUAAUCCUGGCACUCUUCUCUUCCCCCUGGACAUAUCUGGAAUGUGAAGGGAACGAUUCCUUAUCUUCAGGGUGUACUUGGUUUUUUGGUAUACCAUGUCAACUGUUAUAUGUGAUGUAA